AUGGUUCGCGGAAGGGCACCCGCCCGGGGAACCCGUAGAGGGGCCGCCGCCGCCGGGCAGCGGGCGCAACCUCAGAGCGGCGAAGCCAGCACCAGUGCUACACCUGUUGCGACAGGAACCUCCAAUCCCCCGAUUCGAAGCACACCAAGCGCACCUCCUCGCGGCGGCGCUACUACCCGGGCGACCCGGGGGCCUGCGGCUGGACGAUUCCGACCGAAGGUUGUUCGUCGAGAUGAGGCGGAGCGUGACACCCUAGCACGGCAGGAGGAACAGAAGGCUCAAGACAGAGCAGCAGACGAGCGGCGCGCUCGAGGUCGGUCACGGUUCCGGAGCAAGCGGAGCCGAGGUGAUGCAAUGGGUGCUAGAGGCGGUUUUGGACGGCCCAUCGGGGGCGCCAGUGGACCGUUCUCGUCAGGCGUCGGAGGAGGAGGUGGCUGGUUCGGUGGCGGCGGCGGCGGCGGCGGUGGUGGUGGUUUUGGUGGCGGCGGAUCUUUCUCACGAUCCUUCAAAUCAGAUUCCAGGGCUGGCUUCGCCCAGGCUGAUGGCGCACGGUACCGCGAACCACGAAUCAACGCCGACAAGCUCAAUGUCAACACGCAAAACGAGGAGCUGGAUAGCGAUGACGAGGCCAUGUUUGCCGCCCUCAGCAUCAGGCCGACAAGCAUCCUACCAAUGGGAAUAUACCGAAAGGAACACAAAGACGAAGGAGUGGUUGUGGCUACGACGGCCGAACUAGAGGCUGCAGAAAACGCCAACGAGGAGGAGAGCCUCUGGAUUGAUGGGGAUGGAGAAGCACCCGAGACUCUAGCAGAUCAGUCAGAAGAAGGCGGCGUUUGGGACACUGACGGAAAGAAGCCCGUCGUUGUGAAAACGGAGCCUGGGCUUGAGGACUCAAUGGAUCUGGACGCCGAUGCCAAGCCCCCGGCUGACGUGCAGGAGAAGGUCAAGCAGCAGAAGGCGCCAGCAGUUUUGCGGCCAAUUCGGAAAGCGGCUCCUCAAGAUCCCGAAGAAAGGAUGAUUCAAACAGAUCUGAACCUCCUCGCUAGCGAGUUGGGUGCAGUCACGAUAGCAACAAACGAAAGCAAAGAGGGCAGCAAGGAGGGCGAGGAGGGCGAGGAGGGCGAGGAGGGCGAGGAGGCCAAGGAGGCCAAAGAAGCCAACGAAGCCAACGAAGCCAAUUUGGAGGGCCUCAGCAAUAAGGAUGGCCGCAUGUACCUCUUCCAGUUUCCUCCUAUCCUACCACCUCUCAGAGAGAUUUCUCAGCCGAAACCUGUCAACAAGGUCAAGAAGGAAGCGGAAGACUCAAACAUGCUGGACUCCACGCCGAGCGCCGACGACUCUACACCAGUCGACUUGACCCAAGAGGACGGGAUACUAGCGCCGGGCCAAGACCCCGCAGACGACCCGGAGAACACGGCGGGCUUCCUCUCGCAACUCCUCUCACAAGGCGGCAUGGUGGGGCAGCUCAAGGUCCGCAAAUCCGGCCGGGUGGAGCUCGACUGGGGCGGCCAGAUCCUGGAGAUGAGCCCCGCGGCGGGCAUGAACUUCCUGACGACGGCCGUCAUCGUCGAGGACAACGACGAGAAGCCCAAACCAGGAGUCAUGGGCGGCGAAGGCAUCGGAAUGGGCAAGAUCAUGGGCCGCUUCGUGCUGGCCCCAACCUGGCAGGAGGAGGAGGACUGGAACGUGCAGCCUGAGGAGCUCCGGAUCGACUAA